UGUAUAAUCGUAGUAUAUGCAUGCAAACCGGCGCGGGCGCGGUGUCGCUCCCCGCGCACCCCUUUGUAUCAACCAGUAAUAAACGGACCGUCGACUGUACUGCUGUGUUUCCUUUACACUCUCAAAUACCUCAUUGGCGACAAAUCUACCCGCGCGUGGAAAAAAAUAACCGUUAAUUAUGACGACUACUUGUAUCGGAAGUCUUACAGUUUUUGACCAUAAUUCUCAAGAGUGGAGGAUAUUUCAUGGAAGGCUGCAGCAGUAUAUUCUUUUAAAUUCAGUUGUAGAUGCCAAGAAGGCACCGUUAUUACUCACUCAUCUGUCAGAUGAUACCUACCGUCUGGCUACAGAUCUCGUGCAUCCCAAGAAAGUAGAGGAGGUUGCGUUUGACGCUUUAGUCGAAGUGCUAAACAAGCAUUUUUCGCCGAAAAGGUGUACCUUCGCCGACAGGGAGAAGUUUUUCGAGGCGAGAAGGACAACGGGAGAAAGCGUCGAGGGAUGGGCGGCGCGAGUUCGCGGACUCGCCGUGCAUUGCGAGUUCGGCACUGCAUUGGACAUGCUUCUAGUGAAUCGUUUUGUGCUAGGCAUGAACGUAGGCCGCGAACGUGAUCGCUUAUUCGAGCAGGACGCUACUUCGCUUUCGUUUGCGAAAGCCUUGGAGGUGGCACAGCAGGCGGCGAGUGCGCGCCAUGCCCGGGCGACGGUCACGGAGUCAACGGCGACGGCGCUCGUGAAGGAGGAACCGGUGUACCGGGUGAGCGGGACGAAACCCGCCACCGACCGCGGACGAGAGGUUCGCAAGUGCACCGUGUGCGGCAUGAAAAAUCAUGAUGCGGACCAGUGCAAAUAUAAGGGUUACAAGUGUCAAAAGUGCGGUUUAGUUGGCCAUUUGAAAAAAGUGUGUAAGGGCAAGUUGUCGCGAAUUAAUAAUAUCGACUACCCCUCCGAGGUGACGCGGGAGACACGCGCGGAGGAGGAAAUGUGGGCAGAUUGUGACGGUGACGGCGGCUCCCCGCCGGCCUCCCCAAGCGGCUCCGCGCCGGGGACGCCGGUGCGGCUGCCGAGCGCGGUCGACGCACCUGUGCAAGAGACAGCUGAGUCGACCGCUCUUACAGAAUGCGAUCAGUUGAGAAAGAGGCUGGACUCGGCUCAACUGGACUCGGCUGGAAAGAGCUGGAAGAAGCCGCUCAAGAUCGUGACAAAUGGAGGAUUCUUCUCUGAGCCCUAUGUCCCAGCGAUUGAUAAUAAACAUAGAUGA